AUGACCGUGAACAUCAUCCGCGUGGAGUGCAACGUGACGGCGGGCGCGUACAGCAACGGCAACAGCGUACACACGAUACACGAAUUUUCGCCGCAGGUUCCACCGGGAUAUAAGGUGUCGGAGAGGCCUACGCAGAUCAUUUACCUUCCGAUCGUCGCACGGAGCGUUACCGAUCUUACGAUACGCGUCGUCGAUCAGAACGGACGACCGAUCGAUUUUCGCGGGGAGGAGAUAACCGUCAGAUUGCACUGCAUCCGAAAAGAAGAAGAAGAGGCUCAGUGCUUCGAACGUGGAGUUUUUGAAAUCACUGGGAUUCGCGGUGCGCAGAGAACGAUGACCGACAUUCUGAACGUCAAGGACAAGCCGGUCUUCGACGAUCGCAUCGUCAAGAUCGAGACUCACGCUUACAGCCCGUUCGCCAACACGACGUUCGGACACAGCGACGAGAUACGAAUACCCAUACAGCAGCAUGAUCUGUACACGCUGCCGUACGAGAGUUUUCUGUACGUCGAGGGACGUUUGACGAAAACCGUGAAUGUGGAGAACGCCGACGUCGCGCUGGGAAACAAUUGCGUAGCGUUCAUGUUCGACGAGAUUCGCUACGAACUCGACGGCGCGGAGAUCGAUCGCAACAGAAACGUGGGCGUAACCAGCACGAUCAAGAACUACGUGACGGUGACGUCCGACAGGAGCGUGAUUCUGCGAAACGCCGGCUGGGACGCGCAGACCACCAACGACGGGUACUUUAACUUCUGCGUGCCGCUCAACGUACUGCUGGGAUUCUGCGAGGAUUACAGACGCGUGGUGAUCAACGCUCGUCACGAGUUGAUUCUGAUACGAGCGCGCAACGACGAGAAUUGCCUGACGGGAGAUUCGGCGGUGCAGCCGAAACUCGAACUGUUCAAGAUACAAUGGCGAAUGCCGCACGUGGUGCCGAGCGACGUGAACAAGCUGGCGAUGCUGCGAGCCCUGGAGAGCGGACGAUACCUGAGCAUGAGUUUCCGUUCGUGGGAUCUGUACGAGUACCCGCUGUUGCAGGCCACGACCAAGCACUCGUGGGCCAUCAAGACUGCGUCGCAGCUCGAGAAGCCGCGAUACGUCAUCUUUGCUCUGCAAACGGAUCGAAAGAAGAUGGCAGCGGACACGAGUCAUUUCGACCACUGCAACCUUAUCAACGUGAAACUCUACCUGAACUCGGAAUGUUAUCCGUACGACGACUUGAAUCUGGAUUUCGCUAGAAACAGAUGGGCGAUUCUGUACGAAAUGUACGCGCGUUUCUGCAAGGGCUACCACGGAUACGAGUAUGUCGAACCGCAUCUCACGGUUUCGUCCUUCCUUCGAAACGGCCCGUUUGUGAUCAUCGAUUGCUCUCGUCAGAACGAAUCGGUCAAGAGCGCGACCGUGGACGUGCGAAUGGACUUUGAACUCAAAGCGAACGCGCCCGAUAAUACCACCGCGUACUGCCUCAUCAUACACGAUCGCGUGAUCGAGUACAACCCGCUGACCAGCGUUGUGCGCAGGAUCACCUAG